AUGACUAUAACUAUUGAUGAUUUAUUUCAGGUAACGAAUAUUGUGACGUUGGUUGCACGUAGUUUGACUCCUCGGGACUAUUUGUGUUUCCAGCGGUUGAAUAAGUCGUUGUACGAUGACUAUCUGCAAGGGUAUAGUGAUUUGGAGUAUUGGGAUAUGAAAUUGGUUUCUAUGGGGUUGGUGGAGAGUGAUGCGGUGGUUGAUGAGAUGGAUUCUGGUGUGGAAGAGUGUGAUGCAUUGACCAUUUUUGAUAGAAUAAAAGGGUUCCAGAAGUUUAAUGCGAAAGAGGUGUAUAAGAAGUUUCACAGGUGUUUUUGGUCUUUUAUAAUGAAGUUGUACGAAGGCGAUUUGGACGGAGUGUUUGCAGCGGCCGCAGGGUGUGAGGAUCCUGUUACGAGGGUGGAAUUGUUGCGUCAAAUCCGUAGGUUCAAUAGGUGUAACAGGUGUUCGUACGAAUUGUAUGUUCAGGUUGAGGAGCAUUUAGAGGAGCUUCAGGAGCGCUUUUUGGAAGAAUUGCUUGUUGAGUUAGGCGGUAUAUUCGAUGAGAGGGACUACAAGUCAGGUGUCAAGAUAGUGGAUGCCUAUGUUGCUCUUGGGGAGCAGGCGACGCUUGUUGAGUACGUUAAGAAAAAGAUUGAGUAUACUGAGUCGAGCUUGGUUCGAUAUACUGGGAUAUUUGACUUGGACGAGUGCCAGUUGGACCAGGAGUCUGUGAGAACGAUUUUUAAAUCGUUCUGUUCCUUUUUGAACGAGAAGAUCGAGGUUGUUGAUGUGAUGUUUGCGGAUAACUUGUCGGUGAUGGUUCCUUACUGCGAGUCCUUUUUUGAGGAAGUAGUGGUACCGUUCAUAGCUGAGCGGUUGGAGGGUGAGUUUGUCAGUAAUUUCCCUCAGAUGCGCUCUGAGUAUGGUACAUGGAACUUUAGUGCGCCGAGGAAGUAUACUGUUGAGUAUUUGCCGGACGUGUAUGGUAUUUUGGUGGAUGUUUUUCGGAGCGAAUUGAGGGACAGUAUAAACGGGGGACCCAACUUUGUCGACAUAGUCAUCGAGAACAUUCAUGUUCUUUUGCAGCCUCUUAUUGUGGACGAGUACUUGCUGAAAAUAGAGGAGGUCUUCAAGACGCAGUUAGCUGAUGAGUUCACACACUACAACGAGGAGACUGCUAAGAAGCAGGAGGAGCGCAAUGGACAGAUUUACGAGACCUUGCGCAAUAAAAUUGGUGGCACGGAGUUGAUGAAUGAGAAGAAUAACUUCUUGUCGUCUUUCACCAGGAUCCUCCAGAAAAAAAAUACAAAUGGCAUAGGUUCCUCCGCGACCGCGGAGGAAGAGUUGAAGCUCAUGUAUGACUUCAAUAAGUUAAAUGACAAUUUGAAAAACUUGCAGUCGUUGGUGUCUGUGGAUUUGUGUUACAAGGCGAUUCAGAGGUCGGAGACGAUCAUCGCCGAUAUUUGCAAGUUGUCCGCGAUGAGGCGCUUGCCCGCCAAGGCGCCUGCGGCCAAGGUCGAGGACUUGGCGCCUUGUCUAAAGGCCGCUUGCCAGAGGGUGUUCAAACUGCUCAUCCAGGAAAUGAGUGUCAGACACAUCAAACCUGGGUUUGAGAAGGCCGUGCAUGUUUUACAGAAUUAUAAUCCUCAAGACAUAAACCGGUUGACGUCGGGCGCUGCCGCUGCCGCGGCAGCGCCCACCGACCCCUUGAUCAAGUUCAUUGAGCUUAUUAACAUCGGCGACAUCAUCCUUCAGAUGAUUUCAAUAUUUUUCCGGGACAAGCUAAUUGCCAAAAAAAUAGUUGAUAAAAAUAAAGAUUUUUUAAAUGAAUUAAUUCAGACAAAAAAGAAUUUUGAGAUGAUGUUAGAUGAUUUUGUUGCGGAAGGGUUGAAUAUUGGUAUUAAUAAAUUAAUGGACGAGAUUUUGUUUGUAUUCAACUCCAAUCAAUUGCCGGAGGACUUUAAUCCAGACCCUUCUACAGUUAAGAACCGCGAAAUUAAACCUUCAAAAUGUGCCACAAUGAUUGUCGAAUUGCUUUCCAACCAUUUUUUCCUUUUGACUGGCGCAACAGACAAAGGGACGAUAGAUGUUUUUCAGCAGGAGGUGGGCGAGAGGUUUUUUAACGAGGUUGUUAAGAAUAUCAAAAAAAAUAUAAUAUCUACCGAUGGGGCAAUAUUUUUGAUUUGUGAUUUAAACUAUUAUUAUGAUUUUAUCGCGAACAAGUUGAAACAGAAACAGAUUAUUCCUUUGUUUGCCGGUUUGAAAACUGUAGGUCAAAUAUUUUUGGUAUCUAAUAAAGAUUCUAAAGAACUAGGAAAAAUGAUAUGUGAUGUUGGGAAGUUUCAAGGAAUAUUUACACAGGAAGAGAUAUAUGAAUUCGUUCAAAGAAGAGCUGAUUGGUCACGUGUAAGAAAGGAUGUUGAAAGGGUAAUGUAUGGAUUAGCAGUUAGUGAUUGUAUAAUUAUGUAG